GGUCACACAGUGCGCAGCGAGCUGCGUUUUUGGUUGAUAAUUUUUAAAUUUAUUUAUUAGUUUAUUGGUUGGAAGUAAAGCUACUACGAAUUGCCGCUGACCCCACCCGGGCGCCCUCGGUUCAUCGCCCAGCGCUUUACCAUACAGAUUGGCUAUCGAUACAUUAACUGACGGUAAUUGGAGAACGUUUUUUCCAUUUUAUCUCCACCUUGUCCGCACUUCGUUUUGUGCUCUCUUUGUGCGCUGCCUCCGCUUAACAUUUGGGCCCAAAAAAACACGCAUUAAAAAGCCCCACCGUGUGUGCCUGUGAAAUUGUGUUAAUACCGACCAGAGGGUUGGACAAGUGGCCAAAAUGCAAUAAGAAUAUGUGUGUGCAAUAAUAAUAUGGCACGGUGCCCCAAAACAUGAAAAUGGUGCUAGACGCUCCUAACGCCGUGCCGAGCUGGCAUAUUUUGCUUGGCGACGCCGUCGGCGCCGUUUUUUCCGGCCGCGAACUCUGCGCGAGGAAUUUACAACAAAAACAAUGAAAUAUAUGGUAUUUAAAUUGUCCAUUCAAUGCGUUUUAAAAAUGAGAAAUUGCGCUAAAUCUCCGAUGUAAACGAAUGUUUUCUAUUGAAGGCCCUGUCUAAAUGACGUCACAAGCGUAACAGAGUGCAACAGACAACAAUGACCGAUGAGCAUAAAAGUAACAUUAACAGUAACAGCAGUAAAUCCAGCAACAACAAUAACAGCAAUAACAACAGUGCAGCAAGUAGCAGUAGCAACAACACCAACAAUAACGGCAACGAGAGCAGUAGCAGCAGCAGCAGCAACAACAACAACACAAGUAGCGUAAUUGCAGAGGCGGCCGCCAAGUUUCUACUGAAAAAUGGCCUGAACGGCGGAGAGCAGCAGCUUUCCCCUUUGCCACCGCCCCUGCCCAAUGAUUUAAGCAGGACGACCACGCCCACGUCAACGCCAACGCCCUCAUCCUGCAGCUCCACACCCUCAAAUGGCUUUUUGCCGCAUGCCAAGACGCCCAAAAGUAGUAGCAUCAUGGCUGCAUCAGCCGCAGUUGCAGCCACCAUCGUUGGAGCUACUGCGUCAAAGCCCACUAUUGAUGUCCUGGGCGGCGUCCUGGACUACAGUUCCUUGGGCGGAGCAGCCACUGGCUCACUGCCCACAACUGCAGCAGCAGCAGCGGGAACAGUGAAGAUCGGCAAGGUCAUUAACUCCGGCAGCAGCUUUGAUAUGGGCAGGACUCCAAUAUCGACGCACGGCAAUAACAGCUGGGGCGGCUACGGCGGCCGUUUGCAGUUCUUCAAAGAUGGUAAAUUCAUAUUGGAACUGGCACGAUCCAAGGAUGGAGAUAAAAGCGGUUGGGUCUCGGUCACGCGCAAGACCUUUCGCCCUCCAUCGGCGGCCACCUCGGCCACUGUGACCCCGACGUCGGCGGUGACCACAGCGUAUCCAAAGAACGAGAAUUCUACAUCGCUGAGCUUUUCAGACGACAACAGCUCGAUACAGUCUUCGCCCUGGCAGCGAGAUCAGCCCUGGAAACAGUCCCGUCCGAGGCGAGGCAUAUCCAAAGAGCUAUCGCUCUUUUAUCACCGUCCCAGGAACAGUACGCUGGGCCAAGCUGCUCUUCAAACAGCCGCUCGCAAACGACGGCGGCCCCAUGAACCACUAACUACUAGUGAGGAGCAGCAGCCUAUUUUCGCAACGACAAUAAAGGCUGAAAAUGGCGACGAUACUCUUAAGGCGGAAGCUGCCGAUGCCGGCGAAGAUAGCGCUGAGGCAGACACACCCACAAAUGAGAUUAAAACUGAAAAACCGGACACGAUCAGAGAAGAGGAAGUUACUGAGGAGCCCGAGAAGAAGCCCCAAAAAGAGGUUAAGGAUGACUGUGAGUCACAAGAUGCAUCGGCCGAUCUUAAGGUGGAUGCACAACCAAAAGUGGAGACUGUGGAGAAGAUGAAUACGAGCGAUGACGAGGAAGCCAUGACAGCGUUACCUAAAAUCACGAAUCCUGUAAACGGUGACUUAAACGGCGACCUCAAGACGACAAUUGGGAAACCAAAACCGAAACCAAGGGCCAAGCUCAGCAGCAUCAUCCAGAAACUAAUCGACGGCGUACCAGCGCGCCUAGAGCAAAUGUCAAAGACACCAGCUGUCUCCACGACGACUUCGGCGUCAGCAGAGCGCAUUGGUGGCGCAGCCAUUGCCAGUCUAGGUCACUCCUUGACGCACAAGGUAUCUCCGCCAUCGUCGGCAUCAGCAGCGAGUCGUCUAGUCGAGUACCACCACCAGCAUGUGUCGCCCAGGAAAAGAAUUCUGCGUGAAUUCGAGAAAGUGUCGCUGGAGGACAAUGGAUGCGUCAACAACGGCAGCGGCGGAGGCAGCAGUGGUGGGGCGGGUGGAAAACGUAGCCGUGCAAAGGCUUCUUCUACUUCGUCUUCGGCUGGGAAGGCGUCGCCGAUGAAUCUGGCCCCACCACAAGGCAAGCCAAGUCCCAGUCCCGGUUCCAGUUCUUCAAACACUUCACCAGCGGCAGUGUCGGCACAGCCAACGCGACUGAACAGCUCCUACAGCAUUCACUCGCUGUUAGGUGGAAGCAGUAGUAGCGGUAGCUCAUCAUCCUCCUCCAGUAAGAAGAGCGGCGAUCAUCCGGCGGCUAUUAUUAGCAAUGUGCACCACCCACACCACUCCUUGUAUCAGCCGAGCUCCUCGGGCUUUCCACGAUCGGUGCUCACUUCGCCUAAAUCUCCGGACGUGAGCGGAAGCAAUGGGGGCGGCGGGAAAUCGCCCUCGCAUGCUGGUACAAAGAAACGGUCCCCUCCGUACUCGGCAGGAUCACCCGUGGACUAUGGUCACUCCUUCUACAGGGAUCCCUAUGCGGGAGCAGGUCGUCCUUCCACAACGAGCUCAGCAUCGCAGGACCUGUCACCGCCGCGCUCUUCGCCAGCAUCGCCGGCCAACCCCCGUACUGUGCCCAAAAAGACUGCAUCGAUCCGAAGAGAGUUCGCCUCACCGUCGGCCAGCAGCAGCAGCUGUCCCUCGCCCGGCGAUCGAAGUGCCUCGCCACCGGACCGGCGACACAUCCAGCAGCAGCCGCACCUGCAACGCAGUUCGCCGCUACACUAUUACAUGUAUCCGCCACCGCCUCAGGUGAAUGGCAAUGGAUCGGGCGGUAGUCCAACAUCCGCUCCGGUAACGUCGAGCAGCAGUGCAGCUGCAGCAGCGGCUGCAGCAGCAGCCGCAGCCGCCUACAUUCCCUCGGUGGUGUCGCCUUCGCUAUACCACCCGUACAUAUCCACACUGGCUGCGUUGAGACACAGUCCGUUGUGGAUGCACCACUAUCAGGCAGGAGCUUCACCCUUGCUGCCGCCACAUCCACAAGCCAGCAACUCGGCGGCCGCCGCUGCUGCAGCUGCUGCUGCCCGACUGUCUCCGCAAUCGCCCUAUCACGCGUUUUCUUACAACGGAGUGGGAGCGGCUGCUGUGGCGGCUGCAGCAGCUGCCGUCGCCUUUGGACAGCCAGCUCCCAAUCCUCACACGCAUCCGCACUUGGCCCAUCCGCACCAGCAUCCGCAUCCGGCUGCUCUGACCACCCACCAUUCGCCCGCUCACCUGGCUACGCCAAAACUGACUGAUAGUAGUACCGACCAAAUGUCUGCAGCGUCCAGUCAUCGUACCGCCUCCACUUCGCCGAGCAGCUCGAGCGCCUCCUCCUCGGCGGCCACUUCCGGCGCUAGCUCCUCCGCAAUGUUUCAUACUAGUAGCCUAAGGAAUGAACAAAGUUCAGACUUACCACUGAAUCUGUCAAAGCACUGAGACAUACACACGCCCCAGCUGCCCCAGUUUCUGGGCCAACCAGUUAAGUACAUUUUCGCACUAGUAGCGCUUAAGACGACAUUCAACUACACGUAAUAUUAUUUCAUAAGCUCGCUGCUAGUUUAGAUUUAUCAUAACUGUUUUAGCCUAAGCCUAACUAUAGGUUCUCAAUUAAGGCCGAACAUUUAAAUAAUGCAAACGAAAAGAGAAGAAAAACUAUGUGGAAAAAACUCAACUAUGUUUUUUAAACCGUUCCAGAACUUUUUAUACAAUCAGUUGAGAAAUGGAAUCUUCGACAAACAUAUUAAAUAUGCAACGGAAUUUUAUUCUAUGCCGACUUAUGAAAAGAAAUACUAAUAAUCAUAAUUAAAAAAGAAACAUUUUUCUAUAGGAUGUAUAAAAUGCAAGUCUUGAAGAAUCUCAAAAAAGAGUUACGUUUUUUUCAUCAAAACAUUUCCUUGAAACAGACUGAACCUGAAUUUUUUUUUAAAAAAAAAAAAGAAAAACAACUUAGUUACGGAUCGCAGCAUAUAACCUUUUAAGGUAUAUUUAACAAAACUACAAGAACAGAUUUUUAUAAAAUGCUUGUGCCUUUAAAGAUGAAAGUAAAACUAGGGAUACAAAAAUUAAUAUGUAAAACAGAAAAAAAAUUUACUAGAAAAAAACUAUAAACAUGCAAACAUUUACAGAUGUUCUUUGGUGACAACUUAAGAUGUCCUAAAUAUCGUGGUCCAAAAAGCAAAAGACAUGAAUUUGUUCUAGGUAGAUUAUAUACAAAGCUAAUUUUUUUUAAAUAAGGUUUCCAUUUUCGAAUUCAUUUUGGUAACUCAUUCUAAAUAA